AUCACAAAGGCAUGCGACAACUGCAGACGACGCAGAGUCAAGUGCGACGGCGUACCUGACGGUUGCGGAGGUUGCAAGGCGGCCAAGACCCAAUGUGUCUACACCACCAGCAACACCAAACGCGGUCCUCCCAAGGGCUAUGUCGAGGUGAUCGAGGAUAGACUGGGCAAGAUAGAGAGCAUGCUUGCAGGCAUCAUCAAGAAGAAAGUCCUCGUGCCCCGGGACACUCCCGACACUGCAACCGCAUCCCAAUCAGAGGCCGAGGACAAUGAUAUCGACAACGACAACGACAAUGACGACGACCGCACCAGCAUCUACUCAACCGACCUGGUCGAGGUCAAAAAGCAGCCACCAGCCUCACCAACAAUGCGAGCCAUUCUUGCACGCUCCAGUACCCCCGUCGCUCGUGGUGCACGUUCUGGUUCCGCUACAGUCGCAUCCGUUGCUCGCCACUCGCCCCUCGUGUCACGCAACAGGUCAUUGACGGCGCUGCUGCCCUUUUCGCAGGACAGCAUUCAACACCAACUUGCUACUCAGCAGGACUACCCUGGCCCCGUGUCUGAGGCUGACAUGGCAGCCCUGGUUAAUAUGUUUGAUAAGCUGGGAACAACGUCGGUCCGUACAACGGUGCCUUUCCCUUGGCUUACUCCGGAACAAUCACGUCAAUACGGUCGCAACCACCUCCAGUUUUCUGCCCAAAGUCUGGAGCCACCUUUGCCAUUGCUAUCGUGCCCUUCUUCACCAUCAAUUGCGCCCAAUGUCACACUCAAUCUUUUAAACGUGUUCUUCGACCACUUCAACACCUUCCUUCCCAUCAUCCACAAGUCUACCUUCAUGAAGCAAUGGCAGCGACAGUUCUGCCAGCUCUGUUCCCUAACUUCUACAUCUUCAACAUCGUCAAAGAACCGACCAAAGGAUGCAGAUGCACAUACGGAGCACAUAGAAGACGCUGUUGCACCACUCUCGCCGCUGCUUCUCAAUGCCCUCUUGGCAGUUGCAUCUAGGAUACCCACCAAGUCAAAGCAGGGCGCAGAGAUGGUAUCGAUGAGCCAGGAGUUCUUUGACGCCGCCAGGCUUUUGCUCGAUGAUUUUCUGGAUGUCCCUCGUGUGUCUACAGUGCAGGCGCUAUGUUUAAUGUCGCAAUUUCAUCACCAAGGCGAGUGGAAGACAACUCGGAGCAGCGGAUAUCUCUCAAUGGGUAUUCGCAUGGCUAACGAGCUCGGCCUCAACCGCGAUCCUGCGAUGUUUGGUGAAUGUGAAGCAGAUGCUUUGCGCUGCCUUUGGUGGUCCAUGUUCAUUCUCGACCAUCAAUUCUCUGCGUGGCUAGGCUUAGGCCUUUCGAUGCACGAUAAGGAGAGCAACGUCGAGCUGCCCAUGGGCGUGAGUUCCUCCCAGCAGGAUCUCCGCGGAUUUGUGUGCAUGAUUCGAUUGGUGAAGAUUUUGGGCACUGUGCUUCAGCAUUCGUAUUCAACGCAGUCCCUGCCACCACAGUUUGGCGGUCAUGACUCUAUGGUCUCGUUCAUCGAAGGGUCGCUCACAUCAUGGCUAAGCAACCUUUCCCCUGACAUGCGGUGGCAGAAUCCAAACUUACCUGGGAUCUUGAGGGGCUCGCCUGCUUUAUCCAUGCGCUCAAUGCGGCAACAGUCGCUCGCUCUGGCCAGAGAGUGCAGUGAAAUAUACCCCGCCUAUCUGUACAUUGUAUACAAUACCACGCUGAUCUUGCUGCAUCGGCCAUACAUCGUCGGAGCCGCCGGCUCUCCUACUGCAGCACAGUCCAAUACCAUCUGUACGGGCUCAGGCCGUGCCAUCACGGACAUUGCACAAAGUCUGGACAUCGAGCAGUGCUCAUAUGUCGUAAAUCGCUUUGCGCUCUAUGCACUGUUGCAGGCCGGAGUCAUUCACGCCAUGAAUGCAGUUUAUGAUAAGCGGGGAUCGGAAGUAGCGAUGGACUAUUACAAGCGCACGCUUAGUGUGCUCCAGGGUUUUUUGGUCUGCACGACGUACUCGGGCGGUGUUGCCGAGGGGAUCAAGAUUCUUGAGCAGUUCUUGGCUUCGACAUCCAUGGCUGCAGCCGAGGAUGAGGCACAAAAUGGAAGCCAAGGUUCAUCAGGAACGAAUGAGACAGAGCAAAAUGAAGGUCAGCUCAACCACAAGAAACGCCAGCUCGGUGCCCUUUCAACGCCACCGAACAUCUGCUCAUUUUCACAGGAUACUACUCCGUUCAUCACGACCUCUUCGACGACUUUGACCCAGUCCGUUGUGUUGACCCCGACUACGAUGUCCAUGAUGAUCUCUCCGGAAUUGACCAACGGUGGUGCACAAUCUUUGUACAGUGCCCCGCAGCAGCGUCCUUUAGACCUGAAGGAGCAACAGAAGCAGCAGCAACUCAAGAUCCAGCAGCAACAGCGCAUGUAUCAACAAAUGCAAACCUUUGGCCCGGACGCUGUCAAGGCUGAGUCCAUUGCCGAGAUCAACGUGCAAAACUUGGAGCAGCAGCAGCAACAACAGCAAC